AUGCGGCCAGAAGAGCCUCGCAAUGGCAGUUCAAUGAGGACUAUCGCUGCUGUCCCGUUCGUCACUCCUCUGACUCGAAUCCACGUCGCACACAUAUCGAACACUUCAUUUGAGCAGAAAAAGAGGAAGCAAAACCUGGACGCAAUGUGGCAAUCCUCCUACGCCGCUCAUGCGCUGCCACGCCAAUCCUCAGCGACCAGAGCCAGUUCCAUCCCAUCCAAGUGCGCAUCUAUGCUUCGCAAGGCUGCUCAGAGCAUCCCCGGCAUGAUCGUGUACCGCCAGCACGAGCUAGAGUGGACUGAAGCCGAAUGGGCGGACCUCCUAGCUGACCAGCGGCUGACUUCCAUCGUCUGCAUGGCCGUGGAGACGUCGAGCACUGCGAUCAAUGACGGCAACAUCCACAACUCGAACAAGCCCAAACAAGACACCCUCGAGGAUGGCUGA